CACUAUUUGGAGAGCCUGAAGCCUGCCCUCAGUUGAGCAUGCUAGUGUGGAACAGUCGGGAUGAUAUUUAUCAGGCGGCUCUUCGGAUAGAGAGGGUUGACACAGCCGUGCAUGAAGAAGGGAUACUACGAGAGGGAAGCCUGAGAAAUGCAAGUAGCAUGCUAGAGUGGUCCGGCCAGCCCAGUCAGUACAGAAGGAGGCCGAGCGAUACCAGUAGCUUUGGGGGUACUCGGAGUCAGACCGGCUCGGUCCGGCCUGGUCAAACUUUCAACAACAGAGGUCUUUGCAACCAGUGUGGGCGGGAUCACUCAAAGGAGUGUAGGAAGCCCCCAAGGUCUACUAUAACUGUAAGGAGCCUGUGCAUUUCGCCAAAGAAUGCCCCUGGAGAGGCGUGCAAGGGAUGGCUCAGUCCGAGCAGUCUAUCCGGGGUGGUGUAGCAAGGACUCACGCAGGACCACGGUUUGGUGGCCAGCCAAACCGCUCCUUCCAGAGCCUGGGAGGACGCACCGGGCGAUUCGACCACACUGAUCGGGAUAGAGACCAGGGGCCUCUAGCAGGGGGACAACCGAGGGUAUUUGCCAUGCGAGGAUAGAGGGUGACCGUGAUGUCGAUGGAGGGGACGAUCAAACAUAGUGAUGUGGAGCAAAUGGGGAGACGGGGGGAGGAAGUAUUUGUUUUAAGUAUAGACCGUUAGUUGUUUUUUUUCUUCGAAAGACGAUCUUUCAGUUUUAGUACUCGGUACCAAACCUAUUAAAUUAGUUCGAACCAAAAUUUUGAGGUCAAAAUUUUAUUAAGGGGGAGGGAAAUGUUAUAUCCCACCUUCAGAAGUUUUAGUCGCACACUAAAAGUUUAAGACCAAG